AGGAAAGAGGGUGAUGAUAAGAGUCACAGGAACUUGUUUGGAGUUUGCACUGGGUCAUUGUCAUCUGGGGACUCCUAAAUAUGUGCAGAGAAUAAUUAUAUUCUAAAGAUCUAGGAGGGUCUAUUAAGUGGGGGGUUGCCAUAACAACGCGUUGGCAGGAUAUUGCCUAGAUACGGCAUAAUGGGUCUCCUGACACAACUUGGUCUGCUCCUGUGGAAGAACUUCACUCUCCGGAAGAGACAAAAGGUGCGUCUGGUGGUGGAGUUGUUGUGGCCUCUCUUCCUGUUCUUAAUCCUCGUCAGGGUGAGAUCAACCAAUCAACCCAUUUAUCAGGGCGGAUGUCAUUAUCCAAAUAACGCCAUGCCGUCCUCCGGCUUGCUGCCUUGGCUUCAAGGCAUGAUGUGUAACAUAGGCAACCCCUGUGUAAACCAUCCCACGCCAGGAGAAGCACCAGGACAAGUCAACAACUUCAACAAUUCCAUAAUUGCUGGGAUGUUGAUCGAGCUGCAGUCACUUCUGGCAAACAGAUCCAAAUUCCAGAGGCUUUCAGAGGAUGUGGACCAUUGGGCUUUGAUUAUACAGACAUCUAACCCUGCAAACGGUCAGCCCAUUCCUCUGAGAAGUAUCCUAAAUGACAAUGAAAUGUUCACCGCGUAUCUGAAGAAGAACUUGUCCAUGCCAUUGACAGUAGUCAACAGUCUGAUGAACUCAAAUAUUCACCGGAAUGAGAUGAUGGGCAUUUCAAGGCAGGACGACCUGAGAACCACCCUCUGCAAUGGAACAACACUUGAUAGAUAUGUGGAAUUCACCAGCGCGUCUGACAAGGAGGCCUUUCAGAACGUCAGCUGCUCCCUCCCAGCACAACAGAUGAGACGAGCCAAGGAAGUUUUCCUACAAAACCUGAAUACAAGCAAGAUGCUCACCAACUUACCUUUGGAUGUGAAUCCGGCAGAGACAUUUGGAUUAGUGGGGAGAACUACAGAAGAUGCGUUACAUGUGAUUGAUGAGGUGAACAAGUUGCAGAACUCAAUGCUGUUCAAGUCCGCUAACACGCUGGAUUUCAGAGCGGAUGCGUUAGGUAGUCUGAACAUGCUACUAUGUGGCAAAGCUCCAGACUCCAACUCCAGAAAUACCACCAUGAAUUUCUCUGCCUCUGGACUGACGAGGAAUUACACAGAAAACAGUGAAUUAUCUGAUUCCAGGAACCGCAAUUCCAGUGCCUUCUGCAAAAUAUUGAUUGAUACUAUUGAGGGAACUCCUGGCCUACAUGUUGUCUGGAGUAUGUUUCGGCCCCUAAUCCAAGGGAAGGUCCUCUACACCCCUGACACACCUGCCACUCGACUAAUGGUCAAAGAGGCAAAUAGCACAUUCAAUGCAUUGGCCAUGAUACAAGAGCUGGCAAAUGCUUGGGAGGAUUUCGGACAUCUUGUUUGGGACUACUUUCAAAAUGGCCGCCAAAUCACUACACUGCGGGCCCUGCUGGAUAACCCUGUGUUUGUAGCCUUGCUCAACCAACGGCUCAAAGGCACAAGAUGGACGGCAGAACUGCUCGCCAACUUCCUGUACAAUGGGCCCCCCGAGGGUCGCCCCACGGGCAUGCCGCCGAAUGACUGGCGCAACGCGUUCAACACCACAAGCCAAAUCCUGGAUCUCCUGAAGAAGUUCAUUGGGUGCUUGAACCUGGAUAAGUUUGAGGCUGCCGACAGUGAGAGACAUCUCAUGACUAGAGCCUUGGAGCUACUAGAGAGCAAUAGGUACUGGGCUGGUAUCGUUUUCGAAGACCUCAACCCUGCCGCCAGCCACCCCCCUCCUUACGUCAAGUACAAGAUCCGCAUGGACAUUGAUAAGGGGGAGCGUACGAAUAAGAUCAAAGAAAGGGGAUGGACUCCUGGGGCCCGUAGCAACUCCUUUAACGACCUGCGCUAUAUAUGGGGAGGCUUCGCCUAUCUGCAGGACAUGAUGGACCAUGGCAUAAUACGGGCACACACAAACAAAUCCCAGCCGCUCGGCGUGUUUGCCCAGCAAAUGCCAUAUCCCUGCUAUGUGGACGAUGUGUUCCUCCGCUCGCUGGCACGCUCCCUGCCCCUGUACAUGACCAUAGCCUGGAUCUACUCGGUGGCAAUGAUCGUGAAGGGCAUCGUUAUGGAGAAGGAGGCGCGUCUGAAGGAGACAGUGAGGAUGAUGGGGCUGAGGAACUCCACCUACUGGCUGAGCUGGGCCGUGUCCAGCAUGCUGCCGCUGGCUGUUAGUGCUCUCCUCCUCACCCUCAUCCUCAAGUAUGGGAAGGUGCUGCAGUACAGCGACCCCUCUGUGAUCUUCGUUUUCAUGCUGGUCUUCUGCGUGGCCACCAUCAUGGAGUGUUUCUUUAUCAGCGUGUUCUUCUCCAAGGCCAACCUGGCGGCGGCGUGCGGGGGCCUCAUCUACUUCGUCCUCUACCUUCCGCACCUCCUCUGCUAUGCCUGGAGGGACGUCUUGGGGUUCCAGGUCAAAAUCGCUGUGAGUUUGCUGUCGUGUGUGGCCUUCGGGUAUGGCUGUGAGAACUUCGCCAAGUAUGAGGAGCAGGGCAUCGGUAUCCAGUGGAGUAACAUUGCCCAAAAUCCUGAGGGAGAUCGGUACAGUUUCAUCGUGUCCAUCAUCAUGAUGCUCAUCGACGCCCUCAUCUACUGGCUGCUCACGUGGUACAUCGAGAACGUCUUCCCAGGCCAAUAUGGAAUAGCCAAGCCGUGGUCCUUCCCUUUCAUGGCCUCCUAUUGGUGCGGGAUGUCUGCGGUGCCCAACGCUGACCCUAGUCAGUUCAAGGAUCCCAUGGAAUACAAUGAUUAUUUGGAAAAGCCACCACCCAAUAUGAAGGCAGGAGUCUCAAUCAGGAACCUUGUGAAGAUCUAUAAAACGGGAAAAAAGCUUGCUGUGGAUGGACUUAGUGUGGACUUCUACGAGAAUCACAUCACCUCUUUCCUUGGUCACAAUGGCGCAGGAAAAACAACCACUAUGUCGAUCUUGACGGGACUGUUCGCUCCAACAUCGGGGACCGCUCUCAUAAAUGGUUACGAUAUCCGCACGGACAUGGACACCAUUAGGAAGCAUCUGGGAAUGUGCCCUCAGCACAACGUCUUGUUCAAUGACCUUACAGUAGAGGAGCACAUCUACUUCUAUGCCAGAUUAAAGGGUCGAAGCCGUGAUGAAGUGAAAACGGAGAUGGACCAAAUGAUCAAGGAUGUAGGGCUGCUGCACAAACGCAAGGAACUUGCCAAGAACCUGUCAGGGGGAAUGCAAAGGAAACUGUCGGUGGCCAUCGCAUUCGUGGGAGGAUCCAACAUCGUCAUCCUGGAUGAACCCACAGCAGGGGUGGACCCGUACGCCCGGAGAGGGAUAUGGGAACUUCUGUUGAAGUACAAAAAAGGUCGCACAAUCAUCCUCUCCACUCAUCACAUGGAUGAGGCCGACAUCUUGGGAGACCGCAUUGCCAUUAUCUCUCACGGCAAGAUGUGUUGUUACGGCUCCUCCCUGUUCCUGAAAAAAUACUUUGGCAGUGGCUACUACCUCACUCUGGUCAAGGCCGGAAAUGAGCAAAUUACCAACGAGCGCAGCGGAGUCAAGCAGGGACAGGAGAAAGAGGAGACGGAUGAGACCUUGAGGAGAACCAGUCUGGAUGAAGGGAUUGCAAGCCAGAACUGGAGCAACUCUGACCCCACAGAGCUUACAGCUGUCAGUAAGCUGGUGCGUCGGCAUGUUCCCGAGGCAGUGUUCCUGGAGAGCAUCGGCCAGGAGAUCACCUACAUCCUGCCUUACAGCGGGGCCAAGGAUGGCACCUUCGCCCUCCUCUUCAAAGAGCUGGACCUGGAGAUGGCUGACAUUGGCUUCACCAACUACGGCAUCUCGGAUACCACACUAGAGGAGAUUUUCCUCAAAGUGGCGGAGGACACAGGUGUGGAUGUGGAAAUUCCAGAUAACAAAGCACCUUUGGUAAGAGACAAGACAAGAAGUUCAAGGGAAUCCAAGCGGCAACGGCAAAGCCUGACCAAUGUAGGGAACACUUCAGACAAAGUGACUGGGAAAAGGGCUGAAGUGAAAGCCAAGUUCACAAGCAGAGUGGAGGAUGUGGAGAGAGUUGCCAAUGUGAAUGGGAAGGGCUCCAGUGUGAUAAUGGGAUGGAAACUAAUCCGGAGACAAUUCCUGGCCCUCUUCAUCAAACGUUUCCACCACGCACGCAGGAGCCGCAAAGGCAUCAUUGCUCAGGUGAUUCUGCCAGCUGUCUUCGUCUGCCUGUCUCUCAUCUUUUCCGUCAUCAUUCCCCCUUUUGCGGAGUACCCUAAUCUGGAGCUGCAGCCAUGGAUGUACGGGCUGCCCCAGAUGACAUUCUACAGCAAUGAUGGACCACCAAAUAAUACAGAGGUUGCUCACGUGGUGGACUCUUUGGUGAACAAUCCUGGGUUUGGGACUCGCUGCAUGGCUAACAACCCUAUACCGAAUCUCCCGUGUGUCCCCAUUGAUUCUAAAUGGACCACUCCCUCAGUGGAACCCUCUAUCAACAACAUCUUAAUCAACGGGACCUGGAGCAUGGCCAACCCUUCCCCUAACUGCCAGUGCAGCACUCCUCAAAAGACUAUCAUGCUGCCAGAUUGCCCACCUGGAGCCGGGGGGCUGCCUCCCCCUCAGAGGAUCCAGAAUACUACGGACACACUACAGGACCUGACAGGGAGGAACAUGUCAGACUUCCUCUUGAAGACGUAUGAGAAAGCAGGCAAAAAAAGGUACGGAGGGAUUUCCGUUGGAGGAGUUAACUCCCAAGUCAGGAUGACUGAACCGGAAAUUGAAGCUGUAAUCAGGGAUUUGAAAAGCCUAUUCAAUUCCCCCCAGGAUAACACGACUGAGCAGAUCCUUCUGAACGCCGAGACGCUCCUGAAAGAGCUGGGGACCAGGGAUAACGUCAAGGUGUGGUUCUACAACCAAGCGUGGCACGGGAUCGUUUCAUUCCUCAACGUGGCCAACAACGCCAUCCUGAGGGGCAACCUGCCUACGGGCCAUGACCCCAGGGAGUACGGCAUCUCCUCCUCCAGCCACCCUCUCAACCUCACCAAGGUGCAGCUCUCCUACCAGGCACUUGCUGCCACCUCCACCGAUUUGGUGGUGUCCAUCUGUGUCAUCUUCGCCAUGUCCUUUAUCCCAGCGAGCUUCGUCCUCUUCCUCAUCCAGGAGCGUGUCAACAAAGCCAAGCACUUGCAGUUUGUCAGCGGCGUCAACCCGGCCGUCUAUUGGGUCGCCAACUUCGCCUGGGAUAUAUGUAACUACAUAGUCCCGUGUCUAAUAGUCAUCAUCAUCUUCCUGUGCUUCCAACAAAAAGCCUAUGUGUCCCCUCCUAACCUACCAGCUUUGGUUUGGCUACUUGUAAUGUAUGGGUGGUCUAUCACACCCAUGAUGUACCCAGCCUCGUUUAUCUUCAGUGUCCCCAGCACGGCCUACGUGGUGCUGACCUGCGUCAACCUCUUCAUCGGCAUCAAUGGCAGCUUGGCCACCUUUGUCAUGGAGCUGUUCGAUGAUGAUAAAAUCUCGCACAUCAAUGACAUUGUGAAGCAGGUGCUGCUGAUUUUCCCGCACUUCUGUCUGGGUCGAGGGCUCAUCGACAUGGGCAAGAAUCAGGCCAUGGCCACUUUAUUUGAAAGCUUCGGGGAAGACCGUUUCCAGGACCCCCUCAGCUGGGACAUGGUGGGGAAGAACCUGUGUGCCAUGGCCAUCCAAGGGGCAGUCAUGUUCACCAUCACUCUCCUUAUCCAGUAUAAAUUCUGCUACAAACCCAGACUGAUUUCUGGAAAGUCAUUCUCCAAGGAGGACGAAGAUGUGGAUGUCGCUCGGGAACGUGCACGCGUCCAUGAAGGCGGUGCCGAGAAUGACUUGUUGAGAAUCUGCGAUCUCUCUAAGGUGUACUCAGGGAAGAACAUUCCUGCUGUGGACAGGGUGUGUUUGGGUGUUCCAGCCGCUGAGUGCUUUGGACUGCUAGGGAUUAACGGGGCAGGAAAAACAACCACCUUCAAGAUGCUGACGGGGGACAUCGCCGUCUCCGGAGGAGAGGCCUUCCUAAACAGAUACAGCGUACGGACAGAGAUGAGGGACGUUCACCAGAACAUGGGCUACUGCCCGCAGUUUGACGCCCUCAACGACCUUCUCACCGGACGAGAGCAUCUGGAGUUCUACGCCAGACUACGAGGCGUACCGGAGAAGGAAGUCACCAUGGUGGCAGAGUGGGGCAUCCAGAAGCUUGGCCUGGUCAAAUAUUCCAACAAGGCAGCCGGUACCUACAGCGGAGGGAACAAACGCAAGCUCUCCACUGCCAUGGCUCUGAUUGGUUGUCCUCCUGUGGUAUUCCUGGACGAGCCAACGACAGGGAUGGACCCCAAAGCCAGACGCUUCCUGUGGGACUGUAUCCUGAGUGUCAUCAAAGAGGAACGCUCGGUCAUCCUAACAUCACACAGCAUGGAGGAGUGUGAGGCCCUGUGCACACGCAUGGCCAUCAUGGUGAAUGGACAGUUCAAGUGUCUGGGCAGCAUCCAGCAUCUCAAGAGCAGCUCUCUCUACCUCCUCAUCUGUCUCUCUCUCUCUCCCCUCAUCUCUCUCCCCCAUCUCUCUCUCUCCCCUCAUCUCUCUUUCCAUCUCUCUCUCCGUCUCUCUCCUCAUCUCUUUCUUUCUCCCCAUCUAUCUCUCCUCUUUCUCCCCAUCUCUCUCUCUCAUCUUCCCUUCUCCCAUCUCUCUCUCUCCCCAUCUCUUUCUCCUCAUCUCCCCCUGUUGCCUCUCAUCGCUCUCUCUCUCUCUCUCUCCCCAUCUCUCUCUCUCCCCCAUCUCUCUCUCUUCCCAUCUCCCUCUCUCUUCCCAUCUCUCUCUCUCUUCCCAUCUCUCUCUCUCUCCCCAUCUCUCUCUCUCUCCCCAUCUCUCUCUCUAUCUCCCCAUCUCUCUCCCUCUCUCCCCAUCUCUCUCCCUCUCUCCCCAUCUCUCUCCCUCUCUCCCCAUCUCUCUCUCUCCCCAUCACUCUCUCCUCAUCUCUCUCCAUAUCUCUCAGCCCAUCUCUCUCCCCUCUCUCAUCUCUCUCUCCCCUCAUCUCUCCCCUCUCCCAUCUCUCUCUCCCCUUUUCUCUCUCUACCUCCUCAUCUCUCUCUCUCUCUCUCUCUCUCUCUCUCUCUCUCCCCUCAUCUCUCUUUCCAUCUCUCUCUCUGUCUCUCUCCUCAUCUCUUUCUUUCUCCCCAUCUAUCUCUCCUCUUUCUCCCCAUCUCUCUCUCAUCUUCCCUUCUCCCAUCUCUCUCUCUCCCCAUCUAUCUCUCUUCCCAUCUCUCUCUCUUCCCAUCUCUCUCUCUCUUCCAUCUCUCUCUCUCUUCCCAUCUCUCUCUCUCUUCCCAUCUCUCUCUCUCUUCCCAUCUCUCCCUCUCCCCAUCUCUCUCUCUCCAUCUCUCUCUCCUCAUCUCUCUCUCUCCUCAUCUUUCUCUCCCCUCAUCUCUCUCUCCAUCUCUCCCUCUCUCCCCAUCUCUCUCUCCUCAUCUCUCUCUCUCCCCUCUCAUCUUUCUCUCCCCUCUUCUCUCUCUCCCCUCAUCUCUCUCUCCCCUCAUCUCUCUCCCCUCAUCUCUCUCUCUCUCUCCAUCUCUGUCUCCCUCUCCGUGCUCUCAGGUGGUGAUGGAACCUCAUCCAACCGGCUCAAGCCUUUGUUUGUGCUGCCCUCUUUAGGCCACACCGAUGACCUGUCUUCCCACCUUCUCAUUGGAGCAGCCUGGCAAACAGCCGCAUUGUUUUAACAACCCAACCCUGUAUAUAAAUCUGUCCCCAAAUUAGCCAAAAUAGCCUCAAAUCAGAGAGAGCCCACUUAACGCAGAUAGGGGACGGACAACGUUUUAAGAGGGUGACAUUUUUCAAGGCCUCAUGAUUGUUUUGCAUUUAAGAGUUCCUUAACCUGAUCCAUGACCAGGUUGCAUUUCAAAUUCAUCAUUCGUCUGAGGGGGGGGGGGGCCCAGCACAAAAAGAGCCCAGCACAAAAAGAGAACCCGGGAGAUGAAUAAGUGGUAGUAAAUACAUGUUUUACAAUCCAGAGGGAUCCCAGGUGUUAAAUAAACUGAAAUGAAGUGCAGGUCAAUGAAAGAGCUUCUACAUCUCCCCUAUUAGCUUGUCAGGGAAAGCGAGAAGGACGCGGGAAACGAGACCCUAACCUUUUCUUUUCCUGUGAGUUACAUCAUUCAUCUGUCUGGAGAUUGAGGCGUUAUGCGGCUAGCAGAUGCUAUAUUUUGCGGCAACUUUUUUUUUUUGUCCUUACUUAAGGGGAAGCAGUGAAAUCAAAUAUAAAAGAAAGCUGCAAAGUGCCUUUAAUGCAUUAAGGUAAUUCGGCGUGCGCAGCAGGAGAGUUUUAUAAGACUGUCUAAAAGUUGGGAUCAAUCUAAGGAUGUUGGCUUUGAAAAGUCUAAUAAAUCUGCUCUCGCUCUCUAUGCGGAUUGACUCGGGUGCACUGUAGCUAAGUAGUACACUAUCUAACUGACUGUCAGUGUCUGAGAUGGAUGGGAAAAUAAUACCCCUCACGGUUUAUAAUGCAUCAGCGCGUAGCUGUAAUUAAUAGUGUUUGCACACAGACACAUAUCUAAAAUCCUCUACGGCCAGAGAAAGCAUGUGUGUUCAUGAAUGCAGUUUAUAUAUGCAGAAUGUGUGUGUGUCUAUUCCAGACCUCAUGUGAACAGUGCGUUUUGAAUUAAACAUGACUGUGCUGUGUGCAUAUCCAUCGCCUGUGGGUUCUCUGUGCCGAGGAUGCUUCAAUGAUGACCCCUAUGGGCGACCUCUGUGUGUGACCCCCUCAAGGACUUCCUGCCCGAUUAAAGCACGGCAACUCAGGCCCUUGGUGUGACCCCCCCCGCCCCUCGGACACAAGUAUGACUGUAGUUGGUGACCUUUUACCUCUA